AGCAGCCAGUCGGUCAAGUGGUGUCUGUGAUUGGCUAUCUCUGGAUUUUCACCAUCGAUUCCUUGUAAGCUACAAUUUUCUACGAAAUUCUGCCAAAAUUACCUCUGGCUAAUUGUUAAUUAGCUAAUUGAUCGAAAGAGACUGAGUGCCACUAAUAGAAAGUUUAUAUUACCAAGGGUUUUACGUUCUUCGUACAAUGUCGGUGAUGCGCGUAUUUGCUCGUAAUAUGGCUACCGCGGCCAAAAUUAAUAACGUGGUUGUGAUCGGUGGUGGCCUGAUGGGGGCAGGAAUUGCUCAGGUCGCGGCAGCAACCGGUCACAAGGUAACGUUGGUGGAAGUGAACGAUCAGUUGGUGGAAAAGGCAGUCGGAAGCAUCAAGAAAAGCCUGGAACGCGUCGCCAAAAAACAAUUCAAGGAUGAUGCCACCAAAGGCCAACAAUUUAUCGAAGGAACCCUAAGCAACCUGAAGGGAUCGUCCAAGCUGGAAGAUGCGGUGUCUUCUUCGGAUCUCGUUAUCGAAGCCAUCGUCGAGAAGAUGGAAAUCAAGCAUGAGUUGUUCGGCAAAAUUGAUGCCGCUGCACCUGCCAGCUCAAUCUUUGCUAGCAACACAUCGUCACUUUCGAUUGCGGAGAUCGGUUCGGUUACGAAGCGAGAGGAUCGCUUCGGCGGAUUACAUUUUUUCAACCCGGUUCCGAUUAUGAAGCUGUUGGAGGUCAUCCGCACCGAAAAGACUUCCGAAGAUACUUAUCAGCAAUUGAUGGAAUUUGGAAAGCGUAUGGGAAAGAGCUGUAUUACCUGCAAAGACACGCCCGGUUUCGUCGUGAACCGUUUGUUGGUGCCGUAUAUGGCGGAAGCAGUUCGUCUACUGGAGCGAGGUGAUGCCACGGCUCGCGACAUCGAUACGGCUAUGAAAUUGGGAGCUGGCUAUCCUAUGGGCCCGUUCGAGUUGAACGAUUAUGUUGGCUUGGAUACAACCAAUAAUAUCAUACAGGGCUGGCACAAAAAGUUUCCAGACAAUCCACUUUUUACUCCACCAAAAUUGAUUGAAAAACUCGUGUCUGAGGGAAAACUUGGCGUCAAGUCUGGCGAAGGAUUUUAUUCGUACAAAAAAUAAAUAUGUUUUCAUCUGUUUAUGUUUGGUAAAUAAAGUGCAUUUAGUUAUUUAAAAUGA